AUGAGUGUUUUUUCCCGUCCAAUAUUCUGCAAUGGGUCGCCAUAUCGGGCAUUAAAUUUCGCCUACAAGAGACUUGAUGUUGUUCGUCAUAGCAGUGGUGGACCUCACUUUGUUAAGCAUGAUGUUGAGAAUUAUUCGCACAAUCUUAAGAUUGGGUUAAAGAAGGCUCCAAAAAUCGCUGACUUUUGGAAGAAGGUAUUCUUCAUUGUGAUGGUUCCAAGUAUGAUCGCUUCUGCCUACUAUUCGUACCAGCAUUAUCUGGAAGAGAUUGAGCAUCUGAAGCAUAGGAAGCAAGAGGACUACAUCCCUUACCCGUACUUGGCAAAACGUGCUCAUCCAUUUCCGUGGGGUGAUGGAAACAAAGUAAGUUUAAAAUAA